AUGAUUUAUCAUCACAUUCAUCAAAACUCCGGAGAAAUUUAUCAAAACAUUGUAAUUGUAAUUGGUGACAAUAAUAAUCCCGUUCAUCAAAACACAUUUUAUAAUACAAUUUAUCAAAACCACGAGGACGUUUAUCAACAUGUCAGUGGCAAUAAUUCCGAUCAUCAAAACAUGGUUCAUAAUAAUCCCAUUCGUCAAAACAUUGGAGAAAUUUAUCAAGACGUCGGUAACAAUAAUUCCGUUCACCAAAAUAUGAUUCAUAAUACAAUUUAUCAAACCCCCGAAAACACCUAUCAAAAUGUUGAUGACAAUGAUUCCGUUUACCAAAACAUGAUUUAUAAUUAUCCUAUUUAUCAAAACCCUGGAGAAAUUUAUCAAAACGUUGGUAAUAAUAAUUCCGUUCGUCAAGACAUGAUUCAUAACACAAUUCAUCAAACUCCUGAAGAAAUUUAUCAAAAUGUCAAUGAGAAUAAUUACGAUCAUCAAAACAUGGUUCAUAAUAAUCCCAUUAGUCAAAACACUGGAGAAAUUUAUCAAGACGUCGGUGACAAUAAUUUCGUUUACCAAAAUACGAUUCAUAAUACAAUUUAUCAAAACCCUGGAGAAAUUUAUCAAAACGUUGGUAAUAAUAAUUACGUUCAUCAUGACAUGAUUCAUAACACAAUUCAUCAAACUCUUGAAGAUAUUUAUCAAAAUGUCGACGACAAUAAUUACGUUUAUCAAAACACUGAGAACAUUUGUCAAAGCAUUGUCAGAACUAAAAUAUUAUUGAAAGAAAUGAUUUCACAACGAUUGUCUCAGGGGUAUCAAUUGAUUGUGCCCUCUUUUGCAAGUUUAUCAAACAACUCUAAUAAUAAUGUUAAUGGUGAUUUGACAUCAAAAAAUUUAAUCGAUGAGAUUGUCAGUAUUAAUAUAGAUAAUGUUACAAAAUCAUUGAAUUGGAAAAAUACAACAGUUGGAAAUCAAGUCGAGGAAAAUCAUUCACAAUUAAAACUGUCAAAUUCAUAUUAUCUUAGUAUGGGCAGACAAGUGCAUAAAUUGACAUAUGAUCCAACAGGCCCAUUCGUUGAGGUUAAAAGAUAUGUUAGGAAAAUACAUUACAAAGCCUGUCCAGUACCUUACUCGUGUGUUGUUUGGCCAAAAUGUCAAAAUUUCUAUGAGAAUCGAAAGGUAAUGUUUGGGUAUCCUAAUAUAGAUUAUAAAUGGAAUUAUGUGGAUCAAUUGGUAUGUGGUUAUCAGUAUGAUUUGUUGGAGCCAUUGAAGUUUUGGAGGACAAGAUUUAUUCUAAUCCCUUUAGAAAACAAUCCGUCAAUUAAUUCAAAUGAUAAUCUUGAUGAAGAGGAAACAAGAGUCCAGGGAAUUUUUAAAUUUUUGGAAAUGUUUAAAAGAUCAACAUGGACAUCAUCAAUCAUGACACUGGAUCCAUCAGUGUAUAUUAAAUCAUUAGAUGACAUAACAUUUAGACGGCAGUCAGUCCAUCAGGCGGAGGAACACCUUAGUAAAGAUAGUAGCUUGACAUUGAUAGCACAAGCAAUGUUAGAUCCUGUUAACGGAAUCGUGAAGGAUAGACGAUGGCAUUUCAAAACAUAUCCGAAUGCCAUUGUUGGUAACGAGUUUGUUAAUUGGUUGAUUAAAAAUUUUCAUGAUAUUGAGACAAGAGAAAAUGCUGUAGCAUUUGUUUCAUUGUUCAAUUGGGCAAAUUUAAUAUCGUUAAGAUGUUCAGCGCCCUCAUUUGUCAUCCAUAAAUUUGAAAUUAUAAAUUUAAUAUUUUCACCAUUUCUGUUUUCACCAUCAUCGCUAUCAAAUAUUUUAUUGGCCUCAACCAAUUUGUUGACAUUUGGAUUAUUUGAGGAAUCUUUAACUUCGAUGUUGGGAGGAACUAAAAAAUUCUUGUACACUGUUAUAUUUAUGAUAUUAGGUGUUUCCACAUUAAGACAGAUUAUUGGGUUCAUAUUUUCAAGAUCAACUGGUUGGGCAAUUCCAAUUUUAUUUUUUAGUGAUUCGUUACAUGAAUGUAAUCAAGCAAAUUUUGUAUAUACAAGACCGGAUUUUGUAGAAGAGUCAACAUUAAACACAGUUCAUCCAGAAGAUAGAUUUUUGAUUUCAUUUUUAAUAAUGACAGCUCCAAGACGUGGUGAUCCUGACUUUUUAUUAAGAACAAUUGAGUCAUACCUGAGUAACUUUCCUAAUAAACCUGAAAUGGAAUCAUUCUACACCAGAACUCAAAUGAUCAUUUAUACUCAUUUCACGAAUCAUACUAUGUUUGACAAGGCUCGUGCAAUCUAUUCAAAUAAUUUCAAAGCUCAAAAUUAUUUAAAAUUUCAUCGUGAAGAAGGGUUGGAAAUAAAUCAAAGACUUCACGUUUCGAAAGCUUUACGUUUAGUUGCUGAAAAUUUUAAAACGACUUAUGUUGCUUUGAUUGAAGAUGAUUUUCCAUUAUGCGAAGAUAAAUGGCAGGAAUUCUUAACUGUUGUUUAUAACGCCAACGUACAAGUACCAAGGCAUUGUGGAAUAUUUGUUGGUACUGGUGGAAGAUUGGACGUACCACCAGAUAUAUUAUUACAAAAUUGUUUGUUAGGGGAAAUCAAAGGAUGCGAAGAAUGUUCAAAAACUUUGGUCACUUCAAAAACUUUGUUGAUGUAUCAUUUGGGUUAUAACACUUCAACGAGUCCUGAUCGUAGAUAUCACAAACAUGAAUUCCAAUGUGGUUGGAGGCAUCCAUUCAAUGGUGAUCCAAACGUUGUAACAAUAUAA